CGGGGCUUAGAGCCUGGAGGGGCGGGGCCCUGGCGCCGGCUGCGUUGUCAUGGAGCUGCGGGGCCGGGCUCGCGCAUGCGCCGCGGGGCUCGCGGGUCCGGCUGCUGGAGCGGCGAUUCCGGCCCUAGGGCAGGCCCAGUGCGAAGGGGACUCAUGAGUCUGCGUGCAGCCCAGUAACAUGGAGAGGAGACCUCCCCCCAGAGAGAGCCCCCGAAGACUCUCGGCCAAACUCAGCAAAGGCACCGAGAUGAAAAAAGGCGCACGCCAGCUCGGCGGGGCCGCGGCUGAGUCAGAUAAGGACUCGGGAUUUUCAGAUGGGAGCUCAGAAUGCCUGAGCUCGGCCGAGCAGAUGGAGUCCGAGGACAUGCUGAGCGCCUUCGGCUGGAGCCGAGAAGACCGGCCACGGCCCAACUCCAAGGCUGCCGGCAGUGUCUUCCCGACGCUGUCACCCAUGGUCGUCAUGAAGAAUGUGCUGGUCAAACAGGGCAGCAGCUCCUCACACCUCCAGUCCUGGACUGUCCAGCCUUCCUUCGAAGUCAUCUCGGCCCAGCCGCAGCUCCUCCUCCUUCACCCUCCUGUCCCGUCUCCCGUCAGCCCGUGCCACGCGGAGGAGAAAAAGCUGGACUCCAGGAACUACUUGCCCAUUCUCAAUUCCUACGCCAAAAUCGCCCCGCACCCGGGUAAGAGGGGCCUUCCGCUGGGCCCCGAAGAGAGAGGAGACCGUGGGGUGCAGAAGAAGCUCUGCACGGAGAGACUGGGGGCGCAGGGCUCGUCUCCCAGCGAGCCCAGCAAGACUGGUGCUGUGCCCUCCAAGGCCCCGACUCCGGCCACCCCUGGCGCCAAGCUCGCCGAGGACCCCGCGCCGCAGGGCGUGCCCGCCCCGGUGGCAGGCGGGAGUCCCCAGACUCUGCAGCCCGUGUCCAGCAGCCACGUGGCCAAAGCCCCCAGCCUGACCUUCGCCUCCCCCGCCAGCCCCGUAUGCGCGGCCGACAGCACGCUGCAUGGGCGCGAGAGCAGCUCGCCGCUAUCCCCGCUCUCGGCCGCCUACAGCUCCCCGCUCUGGGCCACCGAGCACCUGUGCCGCAGUCCCGACAGCUUCGCCGAGCAGAGGCAGAGCCGGCACCGGCGCUUCCAGAACACCCUGGUGGUGCUGCACAGGUCCGGGCUGCUGGAGAUCACGCUCAAGACCAAGGAGCUGAUCCGGCAGAACCAGGCGACACAGGUGGAACUGGAGCAGCUGAAGGAGCAGACCCAGCUGUUUCUCGAGGCAGCCAAGAGCAGGGCCCCCCAGGCCUGGGCCAAGCUGCAGGCGUCCCUGAUGGCGGGCCCCGGCCGCGGCGGCGGCGGCUUGGAUGCCUUCUCCAACCACCCAGACCUGUGACGGUCGGAGCCCAGGCUGCUCUCCACCCACUUGACGGUUCUCGCGAACCCCGACUGUUCUCUCGCUCCCGUUUCCCAGGGCUGCUCCUCCCUACCUGACCGGGGUCAGUGCGCUGCUCAGUGUUGACCUGUGGUCUCUGCACAGCUCACGGGUGUCACCGUUCCGCUGAGGCCCACAGCGUCCCCGUGUCUUCACUUCCUUCCCCUCAGCCCGCGGGUCCCCGGGGCGGAUCGCAGGCCAGAGCAGCAGAGGAGGCCGUGUUGGACUCUUCUUGCUGUCCCCUCCCCCUGCUCCACUCACUCACCCAAGGACAGUGACAGCCAGGAGCGUCCAGGGUGACACCUGGACACCGGGCAUCUUCAGAAAAGUAAGAGGAGGUGUGUUAGCAUGUGCCACCCCUUCAUGGGUGGACCCUCCAAUGCUUUGAGCACAGGUAGGGAUCAAGCACUUAAUCACUUAAAGCUUUUUUUUUGUAAACUUGAAAGUCCAAGGGCUAGGGCAGUGCCAUUCCACCAUCCCGGUCCCCUUCACUCCCGCGGGAAGGCAUGGCCGCUGCGUAAGGAAUGCAGGCGGAUUGAUCCUGUGGGAUUCAAGCUGCUUGGACUCAGAGAAAAUAAGUAUGGGCAGCACCUAUGGGUAGGAGCUGGAAGAUUCUGGUGAUCCUUGCUUUUUGCUCUCAUUUUGAAGUGGUGUGUCCAGCGUUGUGUGUGAGAAUCUUUGUGUUCUGUUUUGUUUCGGGUUUUUGUUUGGGGGGUCACACCUGGCAGGGCUCAGAGGUCAUUUCUGGCUCUGCACUCGGGUCACUCCUGGUGGUCCUCAGGGGACCGUAUGGGAUGCUGGAGAUAGAGGCGCGUAAGGCAAACACCUUACUCCACUGUCUUAUCUCUCUGGCCCCAAGAAAGAGCACCUUAGGGAGCACGUCCCGGUUCUGAUAGUGCCGUCACCCUCCGCUGCCCCUGCUCACCUCCCCUUGUUUUUCUCAAAGAAGAAGCAACAAAUAAUUAGGCUUGGUAAACUCUGAAUCAAACUCAUCCUGAGACCAUGACAUAGAAGUCCCAAAGAAUUUGGAAAGCUUUCAUUUUCUUUUCACACCCGUUUUUUUGUUGAUCCCCCCUCAGGAACGGAACUCACUGGGAGGCCAUCUUCUGUGUUUCUAGGGGUCCUGGGACAUGGGCAACAAAGUGUGGGAAGAGAUGGCCCAGGUAAUACACCCUCUCUCAGCUUCAUUCUUUAAGAUGAACUGGGUUUUUGAGUAGUAAUGCUUCAGACUUUUUAUCAAAAAACUCCAUCCUUGGGGCAGGAGCGAUAGGACAGCAGGUAGGGCAUUUGCCUUACAUGUGGCUGACAUAGGUUCAAUCCCCGGCAUCCCAUAUGGUUCCCAGAGUACCACCAGGAGUCAUUCUUGAGUGUAGAGCCAGGAGUAACACCUGAACAUCGCCAGGUGUGAUCAAAACACACUCAGACACACACACAAAUUGCAUCCUCUUGAAAAUACAAAUUACGUUUAAGAAGAGAUUUUGUGUGACCAACUUCAUUCUUGCAAGGAAAAUUUUCUUCACUACAAGAAAAAGUUUUCCCACGGCCAGAAGCUAACGCUCUUUAAUUAGAGUUACUAGGCAUUUCAUAUUCUUGGGGCCAGAGCAGUAGUACAAGUAGCUAGGGGUCUUGUCUGGUUCUGCUGACCUGAGUUUGAUCACUGGCACACUGUAUGAUCCCCGGAGGCUGCCAGGGGUGAUCCCCAAGUACAGAGCCAGGAGUAAGCCGUGAGUGCCGCCAGACGUGACCCAGCCUCCCGCCUGCCAUCCCCACCCCAAGUUCUAACAUGCUUUUAAAACCGAGGCAGUGAAUUGCCUACAUUUUUGUUCUCAAACCUGCCUGAUUUAGAUAGGGAGGAUUUAUUUAGUCAUUUGGGAAAAUCUCUGGAGUCUCCCGGAUUAUCAUUUGGCAUUUGCUUUCUGAGUUUCAGAAAUCAGCAAAUGCAGACUUAAAGCAGACGCCACUCCUUUAAAUUGUUUUCUCUCGGCCCACAACUCCUGGAUCUGUGUGAUACUCCAGCCUCUCUGCCCCAUGCCCCCCUCUUGGACAUAGUAUGUCAGAGUAUGGUGGGUGCAGCCGGAAGAGCCCUACUCCAGACUCACCACACCUCAGAGCCCAGCAUUCUUGCUGAGAACCGCCUGAUCCUGCUGGAAACCCACUGUGCCCUCCUGGACCCCUCUUUGUGGAGGAGGGCUUGAGUGGCCUCUCCCGGGGAGUUAGAGGGAAGCACCUUCCAUCAGGCACCAGGCAAAAGCCGCAGCACGGCCGGGUGCCCCUGUUCUGCAAACCUGGUGUUGGCAGACUCUGAGGCCCUGGUGCAUAGGGGCACUCUCCCCCUUCCCCCCCAGGGACUCUGUAAGCAAGAGGCCACACAGGAAGCCGCGCCUGGAGAGAGAUGGCCUCUAAAGCGGCCAGCUCACAAGCAGAGGAGCCACAGUGUUGACCAGAAAGUUCCCCGUGGUGGCCACGGUCUCAGCGGUGCAUGAUUCAGUCUGGUGUGACGUCUGUGGCCACAAGCCUCUUUCCAGAACAGGAGAAGCCGUUUCUAACUCAAAGCGACCCUCCAGAGAACUUUUGGCAGGUCUUGCAGGCAACAUUGGAACACACCUAGGAAACGCUGCCAGCUAGUGAUGGGAAGGGGGCUAAUGACAUUUGUAAUUAAUCCCUCUCACGGCUCCUUAUUGAUUACAGUACUGUUCGAUUUGACUGAUUCUCUCAGUGGAACAGUAGCUCAUGUGCAUAUAUCAAAGUGUUUGGGUUUUGUUUUUUCCAGCUAUGAAUUCUUUAUGGUAGAGAUUUAUUUACCAAAUGUGAGUUCUUUUGAGGAAGUUUGAGGUUUUGUAGACACGGACUGUGAAAUGUCAGAGAAAAAUAAAGAAUCACUUACUUGACGACA